AUGUACGUACCAAAAGGCGCGCUGGAGGGCGGAGCGCUGGGCGGCGGCGGCGGCGGCGGCGCGCUGGGCGCGCUGCGGGCAGCCGCCUCGCCGCCCGCGCCCAGCCUCGGAGCCAGCCGGCACAGUUUGAUCGAUUACGCAUACCUUAGUAAAGUAGCUACAUAUUUAAAUUGGCUUGAAUGUACCUUUGGCGAUGGUAUAACGCAUAUGAAUGAGUGUAUAUCCGUGUCCAUCCGGUCGGUCGCGCAGAAGGUGCGUUCCACGAUACCGCUGCGGCUGCGACACCGGAGGAAGCUGCGCGGCGGCGCUGUUGUGGCACAACGGCGCGAGGGCCGGCGCAGUGGCGCCUAG